GUAAUUUGAAACAAAGAAGAAACUUUGGUCACCAGUUUCGUAAGAUUUGUCACAACAAAUGCAUUUUUGUCCCUUGUUUGUGGCGUGAAUGGAACAGUGUGAGCAGCCUAUCUAAUCGUUUUUCUAUCCACAUUCAUUGUGGAGUCUCCAUGUAUGAAUGGGAGUGAGACGAAAUAUUUAUUCUUGCUUGCGCCGCAAUCACGUGUAUUGGCGCUGCUGCCGAAGAUACGUUCCGCUUUCACUUCUCGGACUCGUGAUUGCCUUCUUUGUAUUGAGCUCAUUGUUUGACAGCGAGCAGCCAGCAGCUACAAUACAAGGCAGCAAUGGAUGGCAAAGUGAAAUAGGUCCCAUUGAUGUUGUCUACACAUGGGUGAACGGAAGUGAUCCAGUCUUAUUGAAAUCUCUUCAUCAUCACAAACUUCUACUAAAGAAGAAACUAGGAAUAGUCCCAGGGUCUGGAGAGAGUAAUUGUAACGGUACUAACUGGGAACUGUUGUGCAAAAGGGCAGGUAAUGUUGGUGUCUGCAACUUAACAAAAUGCCAGCUGGAGCAGCGCAAUCAACAAGGACACCACCACCAGCUGUUUCCAUGGAGCAUAGCUGUCCUGGAAGGGACAAAUAUCAGCCUGCUGCAGUCGUACGACAUUCAUCAGAUCUCACAGGCCCGGCCGUAUCGUACUUUGGACCUCCAGCGUAGCAACGCGACGGCGCAACACUCCACCGCUUUGCUUUUCGCAUCAUCCAAGCAAGCCUUGCAGCUUAUCGAGUUGAAGAAUGUAACUUACAGAAACAAGAAUUACUCGGUGACUGAAGGCUAUGUGAGUGCAACAUGUUGCCGUGGACACUGUGCUCUUCUCAAGGAUCACAUCAUUGUACAGGGACUGUCAGCCAAUACCAGCUCUGAGACGCAUCGUCGUCUGAAGCAGAUUGCCAGCGACAACUAUGGAAUAAAGGUUUUUGUAUGGCCUGCGGCAGGCACAGCCAUUGUUCAAAUGCCAGUGUGGGGAACACCAGCAUCACUCAACACGAGCGUGUUUGCACUGAAGGGGACGCACUCAAGCGUGCAAGUGUCUCCGGCGUAUGCUGUGUGGAAUUGCGCUGCUGAUCGGGAUGCUGCAGCACCUAGUGUAGAUGUUGAUGGUGAAACUGUGCCAAGUCGUUUCGAGGACAAUGAGGAACUGCGUUACUCACUGCGUGCAAUUGAGGCGAACGCUCCCUGGGUGCGCCAUGUGUUCAUUGUAACCAAUGGUCAGAUUCCAUACUGGUUGAAUCUCAAUUGUCCAAGAGUAUCCGUUGUUACACAUGAGGAUAUCUUCCUGAAUAAGUCUCACCUGCCCACGUUCAGCUCGCCAUCCAUUGAGUCUCACAUUCACCGCAUCAAGGGUCUGUCACGCUACUUCAUCUAUCUCAAUGAUGAUGUCUUGUUCGGACGCAAAGUCUACCCAUCCGACUUCUACUCGCCCUCGUCGGGACAGCGGAUCUUCUUAUCCUGGCCACUACCCAUGUGCAACACUGGCUGUACUGCGUCAUGGCUGGGAGACGGCACCUGUGACAGGGCAUGCAAUAGCUCUCAGUGCGAUUUCGAUGGUGGUGACUGCCUGAAGACGGCCAAGCACUCUACGGGUCGAUUCUCCUUUUCUUCCUCCGAGGCUGCAUUGGUCAGAUGCAGUGGAUCGUGCAGGGACUCUUGGCUAGGCGAUCGCUACUGUGAUUCUGCUUGUAAUGUAUUUGAGUGUGGUUAUGAUGCUGGCGAUUGUAAGGAAGAGGCUGGUCGACCACUCUUCAGGGUGCAUAUAUCAAAUGCCUUAGCAAUGGGGACUGUCCUCAUCCCAGAAGGCCACUUGUCUGCAAGAAUCAUGCUGAACGGAUAUCCGAAGAACAUCUCCGAAGGCCAGUACACUGUUGCGUCCGGCAAGCAGCUGGUCCAUGCUGCCGUGGUGUCCAGGACAUACCACUACUUCACUGUAGUCUUUGUGAAGAAUUGCACUGGACUGGUCAGCUUCAACCUGACUACUGCUGACAAGGCCAACAAAUCAGCACUUCAUUUUAAUUCAACCUUUGACACACGCACAGUACUUCCGAACUACACUCGUCCAGCCCCAGUAACUCCAGCUUUAUUGGGAUCAUUGAUUUCAAAAUUGUCGGGCAAGAAGAAUAUCUCUGGUAUAUUUCCACUGGACAAGUCACUACAAUUCUGGAAAGAUGGCAAACCAAGCUUUCCACUUCUCAAGAAGCGGCAGAAACCCGGGGAAGGGAGUACUGCCAUGAAAGGCGGCAGGCGGCAACCCCCCGUUGGUUUUCGUCAACGUCACCUCAUGAGCUUUCCGAACGAUGCAGCAGGAAUGCCUGGGAAGACGUCCCGGGUGAAGAAGCACACUCUUUCAGAGCCUGUAUCCAGCUCCUUCUUAGCAGACAUUGCAGCUGCGGAGCUCGCACCAGCGGACCCUUACGACCAGGGUACGGCCAACCUGCCAUGGGAAAAGCUGGGUGUCUUCAAUGAUCUCACCAAGGCUCUGGACCGGAAAGCAGCCAUGGGCAGCUACACGUCUGCGGCGGCAGUGAAGUCGAGGCAUACCCUUUCUGAUUCGCUGGACACGUUUGGUGCAUCGUUGACGCACGUCAACGCUCUCUUCAACCGCAAGUUUGGCUAUAGUGCUCGAAAGGUGCCGGCACACAUGCCUCACUUCAUCGACAAGACCAUUAUGGAGCGCCUUCAUGAGACGUUUCCAGUGGACUUUGACGUCACCUCAGCUCACAAGUUCCGGCAGGGCAAAGACAUGCAGUUCGCUUUCUCAUACUUCUACUUUCUUCAGGAGGAAAAGCGUAACGCUUCAGCUUUCGACAUUUUCGACCAGCUGGAUGUGGACAAGUCCGGAGAACUAUCCCCAGGCGAGACCAGGUCUCUGCUACUCAGACUGCACGAUGUACCGCUCUCAGACAAGGACAUUUUGCAAACUCGUGAAAUGUUGACAGCGUGUGCUCGUAACAUGUCCUCCGUUGGCACAGCGCAAAGUGCACCUUCCCUGGUGAACUACAUGAGCCAUAGUGCUGCAGUGUUCACUAUCUGUGGUGGCAGUCCUUGGCUAGUGUCGCCGGCACGGCUAGCUGCAUUGAACACCACCGGAAACUGCAGUACUGCCAGCAACUCGUCAGCGUGGCCUGUUCUGACAAGCAGGCUACUGGCAAACUGCUCUGGCAUCGCCAGGAAACUUGUAGCGAAAAAGGACGCGAGCAAGACAAACAAGUUUGAGAAGGGUGAUAGUGAAGACGUUCAUUUCAUGAUGAUCCGCUCUAAUGUCAGCAAGGCUUUGCAGCAAUUGGAUGAAGUUUUGCAGUCCAGAAAGAAAUUCUUGUGUAUGAAUGACAACUUGGAUCAUCGCAGCCGCGAGGCUCUUCAGGUGAAACAUUUGCUGAAGGACUUUUAUCAGACAUUGUUUCCCGCCCGGUCACAGUUUGAACUUCCAGAAGGUCAGCAGAACCGCGUUCUGUAUGCGCAGCGCGUCAGAGAGUGGCACACAGACAUCGGGCUAGUCGGCAAUCUGGUUCUCAGCUUGUUUGUGUUCCCCACGCUACUCCUGCUCCUGUGGAGUGUGAAAAGCGAGCUACUGAAUUGGCAGUCAGCCACAGUAUCUUGAUGUGCAUUGUGUCAAGGGAAGCUGCCACACGUGCCAGAUAUUGGACAGCUAGCGUGUGACCUGUUCCGACCGUGCAUGCUGUUUGCACGUUUAGCUAGUAGUGGUAAACCACACAAACUGGUCAGGUUGAGUAGCCCUCCGUUGCUGCUCACCUUUCCAAUGCAGCCGACCACACAACAUAUUCAGGUAGUGUAGCUUCCACUGCCAUCACACAUCUUCCAGUGCAGCCGUCCACGCAGCAGGGGCAUGUUGAGUAGCCCCGCUGCCACACAUCUUCCAGUGCAGCCGUCAACGCAGCAUGGACAUGUUGAGUAGCCCCACUGCCACACAUCUUGCAGUGCAGCAAUCAACGCAACAUGGAUAUGUUGAGUAGCCCCACUGCCACACGUUUUCCAGUGCAGCCGUCCUCGCAAGACACAUUCCAGUACUGGUUUAAUUUUCUGUUUUUGUUGUUGUUGGAUCAUGUAAGUUGAAUGCAUGCUAAUUUAUUGGGAGAAAUAUACCAAAAGAGCUCUGCUCUCCCGUAAUAGAUCAUGUGGACACAUGCGUAACCAUGACAUUUAUUUCCUCUCUCUUCUCCGGGCAAUUCUGCCUCUCUUCAUCUUCUUCUUUCCCUCUUUGUCUUAUCAAGACUAUUAAACAUUAUUUUAAUGAUUCUGCCUCCCCUUUUCUUUCUUACAAGUCGGUCACUCUUUCUUGAGGGACUCUGCAUUGGAGUGUCUUGCGCUGGUUCGCAAGGGCGUUUCUUCACAUUCUCGUUAUUUAUGGCUCAUGCCAUCGUGGCAUGAAGAGAAGUCUUGAAUUCUUCACUCA